AUGCGUCCCCUACCCUCGGCCGCCGCCGUUGUUGUUGACAGCGGCAGCAGAAUAAGACAACAACGACGACAUCGCCGCCGCCCACCGCCGCCCGCCGCGCCGACCGCGUGCGGAUCGGCCUCUGCGUUAGGGACGUGCCUCUUGGCGCUGAUCGUCAACACCGCGGGGGAAUCUUCCGCCCUGGCGACCGCGUUUCUCGCUGACGGCGGCGGCAGCGGCAGCCGGUCCCCCGCUUGUUUCCUUCACGCCGCGGCGGCAGGCGGAGCUAGGGAUAGGGACGGCGGCGGGAGCGGCAGGCGGAGGUCGGCCUGCGGGGCGGGGUUGCUGGGGGCGACGGCAAGGCGAAGAGGUUGCAACGACAGCCGCGGUGAAUCGGCUGGUCACCGCUCUCGGCUAGCCACCGCCGCCGCCGCGUGGGGUCGUGAGAGCGAGGGGGAAGUCCUCCCGGUAAGAGCGGGUAGAGGUGUUGCCGCGGCUGCGCACGGGCGGGGCUCCCGCUGGGAACAGGGCGGCAAGGGGAGGGCAGCAGGAGGAGGAGGAAGUCUGUACAUGUUGAAGACCGGCGGCGGCGGCGGCGGCAUCAAGGCAGCAGGUAAGAUGGAAGCGGCUGCUACUGCCUCCGUUGGCGACGCAAGGGAAGCGUUGGGCGCGACUGCGGCGGCGCCGGCGGAUCUGCAAGACCUCGCCAAGCUGAAGCUCGCGGAGCUGAAGCUGCUGUACCGCGAGAGCGGGGGCAAGCCGGGUAGCCUCAGGAAGGCGGAGCUAGUGCAACGGCUCAGCGAGUCUCGGCAGAUCGGUACCGUCACCGGCAGCCCCGGCACCCUUGUGGUUGAAGAGGCGGCUCCCGCGGCAGUAUUGGCGGCGGCGCCGGAGCAUCCCUCCCCCACCGUGCUCGAGUCUUCGCCCAACGGCGGAGCGGCGGCGGCGCCGGUGGCGGCGGUGGCGGGUAGGGGAGGGGGAGCAGAGACGAGUGCUGCGAGUAGUCUGUUCAGCGUGUUGAGCGGGGGCGGUGCCGUAGCGGACCCAGCACCACCCGUGCUAGAGUCACAGCCGAAAGCUGGAACAGAGAACGCGGCGGCGGGGGCGACGCCGCUGCCUGGGAAAGGGGGAGCAGACAGCAGCGCUGCGGGCAGUCUGUUCAGCGUGUUGAGCGGGAGCGGCGCUGGGGCCGAAGCCGACAACCCAGCUGGCCGAGCUCCACACGAAAGCGGUCCCGUUGUCCCCGCCACCGCCACGGAGUGGUCGCACGAGUCCCCGCCGGCGACCCUCGACGUGCUGUCCAGCGGGCCGUCGGCCGUGGUUGCCGCUGCGCGUGCGCGGGGAGCGGCGGCGGCGGCGGAGUCCUCGCGGCUCGCGGCCGGCGGGCGCAUGAGGGCAAGGGCGGAGGCACAGCGCCACACCGAGGCGAUGCGGACGAGAGCGACUGCAGCGGCAGCGUCAACGUCGUCGUCGAUUAACAACAACGGAGGGGGCCGGGGGCGCGGGAACGGCGGCGGCGGCGGCGGCGGCGGCGGCGGGGCCUACAGCGUUAUCGUGGAUUCGCCCGUGGCGCGCAGGUCCGGCCAGAGGCAGCGGCGGCUGCCGGCGGUGCCUAACCCCUGGUCCAGGGGCGGGGUGGGGGGAGACGCGGAGGGGAUGCCGUUGGAAGGGGAUGUGGUAGACGCUUUCCUGGCGAGCACGAUGAUGGAGCCUUCAGAUGAGAGGGAGGCUUCCGGCGACCCCUUGUUCGACAGGGAGAGCCGCUUCGGAGUCUUCCCGGCCGGCGCGCCCAUGCAGCUGACCUUCCUCGGCACGGCUUCCUGCAUCCCGUCCACGUCGCGGGGGGUCUCCUGCACCGUGCUCAGGAACGAGGGGGACCUGUGGCUCUUCGACGUUGGGGAGGGGACGCAGAUUCAGGUGACGGUGCGAGCGGCGCCGAUGAAACACGGCGUGCCGUGCGUAGGGUACACGGUCGAAGAGGCCGACCGCCCCGGAAGGUUGAAAGUCGAAGAGCUUAACCCCAUCCUGGAGGAGCACAAGCAAGCGAUCUGUAACACCACCGGCCGGAAGGACGUGGGCUGGAUGCUAGGCUGGAUUAAGUCUACGAAGCGCGGUGAGACCAUCACACUUCCCGGAACGGAUGUCACCCUUGACAGCGCGGACUACGUCGGCGCUUCCGUCAAGGGUCGAAAGGUGGUGAUCCUUGGCGACACGUGCGAUGCGGCGAGCAUCGUGCCUCUUGCCAUGGGGGCCGACGUUGUGGUCCACGAGGCCACCAACACCAUGCUACCCCCGCUUGACCAGGGCAAGACAUACGCCGACGUCGAGGCCGAAGCCAUCAAGCACGGCCACAGCACGCCUAUGAUGGCGGCCGCCUUCGCGCAGAGGGUCGGGGCCAAGACGCUCAUCCUCAACCACUUCUCGGCGCGCUACAGGGGCGACCCGUCCGACGCGAGCGUGGCGGCGAUGCUGAGGAUCGAGCGCCAGGCGGCGAGGGCGGGGGGCUUGGAGCGACACCAGGUGGUCGCGUCGUGGGACCUUCUGGAGAUGCCCGUGGUGGACGCGGACCAGUGGGAAGCGAACCGGGCGACCGCCAGGGAGGCCGACGCGGCCUUCGACGGCGAGCUGCUUCGACGGGCGCAGCAAUGGCAACAGCAGCAGCAGGAAGAGGUUGAGGGUGCGGGGAGGUCACCGUCCGUCUCAGGCACGGCAGCUACCUCAUCACCGGUGCUGUCGCACGAGCACGAGCACUCGCGAGACUUUCUGCGCGACGCUGCCGCUAGCGGAGGCGGGGCAGCAUCGCCACGGGGGUCCGUGGCGGCGGCAUCCGGGCCUUCGAACGGGGGUGGUGAUGGUGGUGGUGGUGAGUCGUCCAUGAUGCUGCGGGGCCACGGGGGGGAGACUGCUAUCGAAGGGGGUUCCGCGGCAUCCGGGCCUGGGGAUGAUGGGUCCAUCUCGCGGGGCGACAGGGAGACUGCGACGGUCGACGGUUCUGGCGCUGCUCCUGCGAAAACGGGCUUGGUUGGAAUCAUGUUUGAUGCCGUGGCAUGA